AAAAGAUAGUUUGCAUAAUAAGUCAAAAAUCAAGUCAAACGCACAAUGAAGGUCUCCACAUCAAUACCUGUUUUCGUCGCUUUCCUGUGCUCUGUGUUCGGAACAGGCAAGGCGGAGACAAUAUGCUACGAAGGCGUUGGCUGUUUUGAUGAUGCUGGGUGCCAUGGCAACACUUUCCCGCCAGAAUCCCCAAACUUCAUCAAUACGCGCUUCUAUCUGUACACACGUCGAAACUGGAACACUGCCCAGGAGCUGAUUCUGAACGACACCGACACCCUUCGGGCGUCUAACUUUGACCCGAAACUGCCGACCAAGUUUUCUAUCCAUGGCUGGAACUCAAAUGGGUUCACUGGCGGAGAGAGGGAUCGCAAAGAUGCGUUCCUUGAAAAUGCCAACGUCAAUGUCAUCACCGUUGACUGGCGGAAGGGAGCAAGUGGGAUCCUUUACCCCAAACAGCACCAGAACACUCGGGUAGUGGGGCGGGUGAUUGCCCAGUUUGCUCGUUUCUUGAACCUCGAGACAGGGAUGUUCUACAAGGAUGUCCAUUUGGUGGGCCAUAGCCUUGGAGCCCACACCGCUGGCUAUGCUGGUGCAUAUCAGCCAGGUUUUGGCAGAAUAACAGGUUCUGAUCCGGCAGGACCAUGGUUUCGUGAGGACGAGCCGGAAUGUCGUCUUGAUCGAAGCGACGCCCUCUUCGUUGAUGUUAUUCAUGGCGACGGCAAUGACAACAUCGGUCUCGGGACAUCACUUCCGAUGGGCCAUCAAGAUUUCUACCCCAACGGUGGCCGUCACCAACCUGCCUGUGAUUACGGUAGCGACAUUGCUGGGUGCAGCCACGCCUACUCAUCCCGCUACUUUGCCGAAAGCCUCCGAUCGACCACCUGCACGUUCAAGGCAUACCCGUGCAGAAGCUGGGCGGAGUAUAUGGCUGGAAGAUGCAGGAGUUGCGGAAUUCAAAAUCAAGGUUGCUCGGAAAUGGGUUACCAUGCGAUAGACCACCGGGAGCUAGAAGGACUUUUCUUUCUUGAUACUAACCCUGAAUCCCCUUACUGUAUCCCCGACCCAAUACACAUUUGGGAUACUAGCAUAUACACAUCUUUAUCAUUCAAGUUGAUAUCUGGUUAUGGAGUCCCUCUUUGCCACCGCCCUGUUCUUGCUUACUACUGCGUCAGUACAAGAAUUAAUAAAAUGUCCUCUCCCUUGAACGCAGUCAACUCCGAAGAAGUAUGCUUUGAAGACGUCGGAUGCUUCACCAGCGAUGGCUGCCAUGAAUUCGGCUUCCCGCCUCGUUCGCCGGAACUAAUCAACACUCGAUUUUUCCUCUAUACGAGGAAAAAUAAGUUGGAGCCUCAGGAGAUUAAACGAGGUGACAUUGCAGGUCUGCGGGCAUCAAACUUCGAUGCGAGAAGAAAGACGAAGAUAUCUGUGCAUGGGUACACCGCGAACGCCUUCAGGGUUCUCGAACAGGAUCAGAAGGAUGCACUUCUUGAAAUAUAUGAUUUGAAUGUGAUCCUAGUCGACUGGAGUGACGGAGCUCAGGGUUCUUACCGAGAGUGCCAUCAGAACACCCGGGUUGUCGGCCGAGAGAUCGGACUACUGGCCCGUUUUCUUAACCUCGAGACUGGCAUGUAUUACAACGAUCUUCACCUAAUAGGCAUGAGUCUUGGUGCCCAUGUCAUGGGUUAUGCCGGUGAAUUUCUACGAGGAAUUGCACGCAUCACAGGCUUAGAUCCGGCAGGUCCUUAUUUCCGUGACGAACGUUUCGAUGUCCGUAACAACGGGCCCGAAUGCCGCCUUGAUCCCACUGACGCCUUAUUUGUUGACGUCAUACAUACCGAUGCGAAUGACGGGACAGGUCUCGGUCAGAUGAUGCAACUCGGGCAUCAAGAUUUCUACCCUAACGGUGGGCGUCGUCAACCGGGGUGCAGGGACGUCGAUUUCUGGUCGGGUUGCAGUCACCUCCGCGCUCUCAACUUAUUUGCAGACACCGUGCGGUCACUCUCCUGCGAGUUUACCGCGGUACCAUGCGAUAGUUGGGCGCGGUAUCAAGCCGGCACCUGCCGCGGCGAAUGCGGACCGGGUGGUUGCGCUAUCAUGGGUUACCGCGCCGACCUGAAUACCGCGGUUACUGGAAAGUUUUAUCUGGAGACCAACAAAGAGACACCGUAUUGCAUUGCUUAAAUUAAGGGUGGAGAAUCGUUUUUGGCAAGUUUGGAGACACAUCAACGUACUUACAUGAACUGUCAGCAAUGAAAAGUGCAGUUUUGUUGAUGAUUAAAAUAUUAGCAUAAGUUUUGGAGAGAAAAAUCCAAUUCGACAAUAUGAGUACAAUCUAACCUAUAUCCCUGUUGGCAAGAUACUUUUAACAGAUAUAUAUUGAGAGUGUGGUACGAGGCCUACUGUUCAAAAAUUGAAGUAAUCUGAUAAUCCCCUACCUUUGACAUAUGCUUAUUUCAUUUUAUUAAAUGCAUUUUCAUUAAGGGCUUUGUAUCAUUAGCCC